AUGUCCAUCCUAAGUGAGAGUCUCAAGACACUGAUGGGCUCUUCCAGGCUUCUCCCCAUGCCCCAAGCACAGUCCCCAGAGGAAGGCCAGAGGCUACUGGCUGGAGACAAGCUGGCUAAUGGCAUCAGGAACGACAAGGUGGCCUGGAACUUGGCCUCACGCCUCUAUCGUCUGGAGGGCUUCCGGAAGUCUGAAGUGGCGGCCUACCUGCAGAAGAACAACGACUUCAGCAGGGCUGUGGCUGAGGAGUACUUGUCCUUCUUCCAGUUUGGAGGCCAGAGCCUGGACCGAGCCCUCCGGGGCUUCCUCCAGGCGCUGGUGCUCAGUGGGGAGACUCAGGAGCGGGAGCGAAUCCUCUUCCAGUUCUCCAGACGCUUCCAUCACUGCAAUCCUGGGGCCUUCCCCUCAGUAGAUUCCGUCCACACCUUGACCUGUGCAAUCAUGCUCCUUAACACAGACCUGCAUGGACAGAACAUUGGGAAGAGCAUGAGCUGCCAGGAAUUCAUAACCAACCUGAAUGGCCUGCGGGACGGCGGGAACUUCCCCAAGGAGCUGCUGAAGGCCCUCUACUGGUCUAUCCGAAGUGAGAAGCUCGAGUGGGCCGUGGAUGAAGUAGACGCAGCCAGACCUGAGAAGGCCCGGCCCUCUCCCGCAGCUGGCAAGAUGAGCAACCCCUUCCUUCAGCUGGCUCAGGACCCCAUGGUGCCCACCUACAAGCAAGGCAUUCUGGCUCGGAAGAUGCAUCAGGAUGCAGAUGGCAAGAAGACGCCGUGGGGCAAGCGUGGCUGGAAGAUGUUCCACACCUUACUGCGAGGGAUGGUUCUCUACUUCCUGAAGGGAGAGGACCACUGCCCAGAGGGAGAGAGUUUGGUGGGGCAGAUGGUGGAUGAGCCCGUGGGGGUACACCACUCCCUGGCCACCCCGGCCACCCAUUACACCAAGAAGCCACACGUCUUCCAGCUGCGGACUGCCGACUGGCGCCUCUACCUCUUCCAGGCACCCACUGCCAAGGAGAUGAGUUCGUGGAUCGCGCGCAUCAACCUGGCGGCCGCCACGCACUCGGCGCCGCCCUUCCCCGCC